GCUUCAAAUCACGCGGGACACAGGGGAGGAGAGAUCUCUGAAACAACAUGGCGCCCGAGAUCGUUUGAUGCAUUGGGCUAAUGUGGAGUCAACGUAACAGAAAGAGCCGCAUGAGUUAGGGAAUUCAGUUACCUGUGAAGGAAGAAUUUUAGAUGAAAAGAAAAUGAGUGGAGGUCUGGCACCAAGUAAAAGCACAGUAUAUGUAUCAAAUUUGCCAUUUUCACUGACUAAUAGUGAUCUGCACAAGAUUUUUACCAAGUAUGGUACAGUUGUAAAAGUUACAGUAUUGAGGGACAAGGAUUCCAGGAAAAGCAAAGGUGUGGCAUUUGUUCUGUUCCUCGAUAGGGAAUCAGCAUAUAACUGUACUAGGGCAUUGAAUAACAAGCAAUUGUUUGGCAGAACAGUAAAGGCGAGCAUUGCAGUUGACAAUGGCAGAGCAUCUGAAUUCAUUAGAAGGCGCAAUUAUACUGACAAAUCCAGAUGUUAUGAAUGUGGAGAUUAUGGUCAUUUGAGCUAUGCUUGUCCUAAAAAUAUGCUUGGAGAACGAGAGCCCCCCAAAAAGAAAGAGAAGAAGAAAAAGAAAAAAAACAAUGAACCAGAAGAAAUUGAAGAAGAAGAGGAGGAGGAAAGUGAAGAUGAAGGGGAAGACCCUGCUCUUGAUAGCUUGAGCCAAGCUAUUGCUUUUCAGCAAGCAAAAAUUGAGGAGGAAGAACUUAGACGUAAACAGACUGCUGGUGACGCAAGUGAAUGUUCAACAUCUGAACUGUCGAAGCGCCCACGGAUAAAGAAAAGUGCAUACUUCAGUGAUGAAGAGGAGCUGAGUGACUAGAUUGUAUUUCAUUACAAUGAGAGUUACAUAUUUAUUUAAAGAGAGAAAUGGUGUUUAAAUGGUCCAGAUUCGUUAGACUAGAAUUUAUGGCUUCUUGGGUCCCCGAAACCAUUACAAAUAUAUGGACUAAAUAUUUUGAUACUUGGAAUAUGUGAAUUUUUUUUAUCUUGUUAGUGAUUUAUUUAGUCAUGGUUAAAGGAUUAUUGUGAAGCAUGCCAACCGCUUCCACAUCCGAAUACUUCACAGCAAGUACAGAUGAAUGGACAUGUUUUUGCCUGUCGUAGCCAAAUUUUAAUAUUGACUCGGCUUUUAUGGGUUGAAUUUUGUUGUGAAGAUCAUAAUCAUGAAAGCUUUUGUUGCUGCCCAAGGCAAAAUUGUUGUUUAUACCUACACUUUAUAAAAUACUGCAUAUAAAUAUAACACAGAGAGUUGUUUCAGACCAACAUUAUUCCCACUUAAGAAUAAAAGCAGGAAUUAAUUGUCAUCUGAAAUGGCAGUGCCUCCAGAAUGUUUAAAGAGUAUGCAGAAAGAUACUGUUAUCUUAUAACGGUGUAUUAGCCAAAGAUUUUAUUUGCAGCAAAAGUGAUAUACAUGAAAGAUGGGUAAAAAAAACUUCAAAGCUCCAUCUAAUGUGAAUAAUUAAUUUGCAUUCCAGUGUGCAAUUAUCAAAAACUUUAAUUUCUGAGGUCAUUGUAAUUUCUCUUCAACAGAUCACAUGGUGAAUUCAGGUUUUUGAAAAUUUCCCAUUGUUUUAUUGAUAUUCAAUUUCUUGAACAUGUAAGAAGUUAUUCACAUUGUUAUAUUUGUUGGCAACUUUUAUUACCAUUUGUUAUAUGUUUGGUGCAACUAUAAUCUAUCGAAAUAAACCGAAAGAUCUUGGAUUUUAAUUAGUUGAAGAAAGGCUAUUCUGUUCUGUUUUAGAGCAUGUGCAACCUCCAAUCUGGGAACUGUUCACAUCUGUAAUUAAAUUCUGCCCUUGGUUAUGUCUUAAAGCAAUUGAGCCAUAUGGACUUAAAACAGUGUGGCUUAACCGUUUAUACCCCUUAAACCCUAGUUGGCUUCCCAAAUGUCCUAGCUAUUACUUGCAUAUUUAUUCUUAAUUACAGUAAACCCUUGUUAUAACGGACCAUGGGGGGGAGGGGUAAUGGUGUCCGUUAUUGCCGAUUGUCUAUUAUAACCGAGUGGUAUUAUUAUUGCAUAAGUAGUAGAAACAAACAACUGCAAUUGGUGGUAAUACACAAAAGUGCUGGAGUAACUCAGCAGGCUAGACAACAUCUUUGGAGAACAUGGAUAGGUGUUGUUUCAGGUCGACUAGGUGUUGUUUCAGGUCGACAUCCAUCUUCAGACUAUCAUUCCGGAACUGGGCCUGAAAUCCAGGUGAGUUGACAGCCCCGGCCUGCCGAUGGAGCCAGUGGUCGCGGGCGGCAGGAGUGCAGGUAAGGGUGGGUGACGGCAGCAGGCACGGCAGAAUGUCAGGCCUGGAAACUGCGCAAGCUGGGGGGUGGUGCGGGGACAGCCGGCACUACAAGAGGCCGGGAGGUGGCACAAGCUGAAGGCGGUGCGGAGUAACAAGCGCUGCAAGCGGUUGGGGAGGUGGCGUGAGUCAAGAGUGGCGUAGGCGCAGUAAACGGUAUGGGUAGCCAUCGGUAGGUCAGUCCACUAUAACCGAAAUCCGUUAUAAAGAGGUCCGUAAAAACGAGGGUUUACCGUACCUGUUUUUCCUACUGCAAUUUUGGGCGAUAUUUCCAAAAAUAUGGUUAUUGUUACCUUAUCUAUAGCAACCAUUUGGAUCUGAAACUAUCUAAUUACUGAUAAUAGUAAUUUCAACUUUGCAAAAUCCCAGCAAUGAUCUCUUUUGCGUUUAAAUGGCCAAGAUGGACAAAGGGUUUAGUCUUAAAGGGACAGAUUGGUUGAAACAUAAUCUCAGAGCACAAUAACACAAAUGUGUCAUUUGAUGUAAUGAUUCUUUUAUUGUUAAACAGUGCAUCAACCAUGUUCCCAUGAGGUGUGAUGAAGAAAAUUCUAGUAUAUGUGAAUAAAGAAUAAGUAGCAUUGGUAAAUAACUUUCCAUCAUUUUGACUGUUGGUAAACUUAACUGCUGUAAGUACUGCAUUCCAUUAUGCAACUGUGAUUAAUCGUGUCUGCCAUUUUGUAAGUUAUUUAGUAUAUAUUUAGCAAGAACCAAAAUAUGCAGAAUGUAUUAUCUUACGGUCUUGAAAGUAAAUAUGCCUUAAUCCUUCAUAGCACAUUUUAAACCAU